CAAAUCGAAUACUCUUAGUCACAAUCCAUCACAUGCUAUAUCCCAUUACAGUGGAAGUGCUGCAUCAAGUGUUUUUCCCACAUGGAUUUGUGGAGAAGAUCGUGACAUUUCAGAAGUCAGCUGGUUUUCAGGCUCUCAUACAGUAUCAAACUCGCCAAUGUGCUAUUUCCGCUAGGACUGCACUACAGGGACGCAAUAUAUAUGAUGGUUGCUGUCAGCUUGACAUUCAGUUCUCCAAUCUUGACGAGUUACAGGUGAACUACAACAAUGAACGUUCAAGGGAUUUCACAAAUCCUAGCCUGCCUUCUGAACCAAAAGGCCGGUCAUCUCAACAGCCUGGAUAUGGUGAUGCGGGAGGCAUGUAUGCACUUCAAGCAUCUGGAGCAGGACCAGGUGCUGGAGUUUUCCAUCAUAAUUGAUAUAU